GAACAGGCGGCUUAAACCGACAGCGAUUUAUUACAUACCCGACACAUAUUCCCUUAAAAUUUAUUUGCGUUUCUCGACUUUCUCGUGUCGCAUUUAAUCUCCAGGCUAUUCUCACGUGAUUGGCAACUUCUCGUCUAGUGUCAGGUGGAUUUUUGUCCGAAAAUAAAUGUGCAACUGGCUUUAAACUCAAUUUAUCCUCUUAGUUUGAGAAGCUAAAUUAGCCGCCAGCAUCCUCGAAGUCUUUUAGCAACACUUCCCAUCACUGACAGGCAGCGAUGGAGAAGACAUGAGGACAAAGAAGAAAGGCUCGUAUCGCUGUCACGUCUCACUCACUGUAUCGGAGAGGUCCUGCUGAUGUGAAAGCUGCUUCCCUGUCAUGGUCCCAGUCCCAGCCUCCUCCCUAAGCCCUGAACGCUAAACCCUCACAGACUUAACCGACUCCACCUGCUCCUUCAUCUUUAUGAAAUGAAUUUCUUGCGUAAUCGCCUCGUGGUCCUGGGCCUGGUGUUGUUGGCCACGUUGCUGCUGUACCUGCUGCUGCCGUCCAUCCGUCAGGGCAGCAUGGAGCCGUCCCUCGAAGCUCAGAGGAUGGGCCUGAUGGCCACGCCUCCUCCUCCACUUCCAACCAUCAACGUGUCUAUUCGCACCGGUCAGCUGCCAGGCGACCCUCCGCUGUUCUUUCGAGAAGCUUUGCCUAUAGACGCAGCUGGACGGCAGAUAUUACCGAGGCUGCAGGUCGUCCUCUUGCAUGGCCAGGCCUUCACAUCCAAAACCUGGGAGGAACUCGGUACCAUGGCCCUGCUAGCAACUAACGGAUAUCAAGCCUUAGCCAUGGACCUGCCAGGCUAUGGGAAAUCACCGGACUCAGAGGCUCUGAAGACGGACCAGAAUCGGGUGGACCUGCUUUCGAGGUUCAUGGAGUCGUUGGGUGUCAGAGCAGCGGUGCUUUUAAGCCCCUCAAUGAGCGGACAUUACUCCAUCCCUUUCCUCAUGAAGAACAGCGCUCAGCUGCACGGCUUCAUUCCUAUAGCACCAGUCGGCACCAGAAGCUACUCUCCACAGCAAUACCAAAACAUUCAGACUCCCACUCUGAUUGUGUUUGGAGCCCUGGACACAAACAUGGGGGCCCAGUCCCACAAGAACCUGUUACAGCUUCCAAAUCGCUCCGUGCUAAAGCUAGAAGGAGCUCGCCACGCUUGCUACAUGGACAAACCCAGAGAGUUUCACCAAGGAUUGAUUGAAUUCCUCAGCACGCUGAAGAGAGAUGUGUAGCCGAGGAGGAAAUCAAAAGAGGGGAAAAAAGAAAGAGGAAGACUUCUCCUCUAAUCCGUGAUUUAAUGUGAUGACAGCUUUGCUAAAAAAGGUACUAAGAUCAGCAUUAUUCUCAUAUCAUCAUCAUCACCCGAAAAAAGAUGUUUGGUACAGAAGUCGAAAAUAUCGUGUAAAAAUCUUACACUUAACAGUACAAACCAGAUGUUGCCAUUUUGAAUGUAUUAUUUUUCAGUGUUUUCACCUAAAAAUAUCAGACUAGUUCAUCUCAGCUUGUUGUAAAAAAAAAAAAAAAAUAGCAUCAGACGUGCACAGUCGUGAGUCUUGUUUCAUGUGUUUCAUGUCCCUCGUUGCAUGUACAAACAUGGAAUGUGUUCGCUUCCUCGUUGCCAUUUUUGUAGGUGACACGUCGGUGACUGCAGAUAUGCAGACGUAGCAGUUGCCUGUAUUUAAUAGCUUCUGUUAGUUUCUCAUUUGAAAGUCUCGUAGAUUAAGAUCUGGUAGCCGUUCCAGCUUCCAACAAACCUUUGCUGUGUUCCGCAAAAGCAAACAGAAUUGAUGCAUACUGUAAUAAACGUGUAUAAAAGAGUAUGGGUCGUAUAAAAAAAACAAUUAAAACAAGUCACGUGUAUUUAUAUAGUGCUAAUAAAGUUAUAUGUAAUAUAUUUGCAAUAAGUUUGGACAAUCACGAAAAAAACUUCAAGAUGCGUGCAUUGCUUAAAAUAAAAACAAAGAAAGCUGUUCUUUGUAUGUUUCAGUUGACUCCAUGCCGUGUGUGGAGCUGUUGUAUGAUUUGUUGUUUGGAGCUUUAUUGUGUUGCCGGCUCGUACAGCCAAAACGUUGUUGAAGAGAAAGUGUUUGACUCACUCGUGCAUGUUUCUUUUUUUUUUUUUUUUUUGUUAAAUGUAUGAAUCAAGGCACAACUUGUUUAAGUUUGAGUGCACUUUGGACAAAGUUGUACUGAAGUCUUUUUUUCUCUCCAUGUUAAUACAUAAACACGACUUUAACAUA